CUUUUGAGAAACACAUUUCAAGCAAUUAUCAAAACCCAAACAGUCAUCUCGUACUAGAACAUACUGUGUUACACAACAUCACACGAUUCUCUUUAACCCGGUAGAUGCCAGCCUGGGUGGUGGCUGCCUCUUCAGGCACGAGUGAUGCAGUGUGAAGAUGGCAGCUGGAUCUAGAGCCGUAACAGCAGAGGAAAUCUCCAGAAAUAUACAGACAAACAGAAAUAUUACCAUUUCAAUUGAAAACAACUGUGAUUUCUCUCUAACAAACCCAAGGAUUUACACUUUCAGUGGAUAUAAUUUAAAUCCUCCUCAGCCAACCAUCAAAAAAGAAUCCACGGCCGUGUGUUCCUUCAGCAAAACCAGUUAUACAGCACGUGGAAGUGUGGGCGUCUUAACCUACGAUGUCAUCAAGAACAAUGAUCCUGUCGAAUGCAUUGCCAUGAUGUUUUCUGUACCAUUUGAUUACAAUUGGUAUAAAAACUGGUUCGCUAUAGGGUCCUUUAGUGUUGGAAAAACCUGUGAUCAUGCCUUAUACAAUCGAAUGUAUCACAAGGGGGAGGAUGGUUUCAUCAGAAGACAAGCAACAGAUGGGAUCAUAGAGUUUACUGGGAAAGCUGUUGUAAUAAAAGCCACAAUGUCUGCCGCCGGCAGGUCAAUAAUGAAAAUUGAAGUGUGGAACAAACGUACAUGUGCUUGAGACAUACUGUGCUUGCUUUUCAUUGACUGCCUGAUAUUUGCAUGCAUGAAAUCAUUCUACUCAGCUAUUGUGAAACAGUCAUAUAGUGAGCACUAGAUGCAUUAUACUUUUUAUACUGUAUAAAAGCAUUUAUCAACAUGUAUAACAAACUAUGGAUUGUGUUGCAGCUGUUGAUAUAAAUGAACACUGUACUGUAUGGACACUUCUAGCCUGUCAGCUUUUGGAGAGCUUGAGGUGAGAUGGUUUGUGUUUUUCUCUGUCCAAUCUCAAUUAGCAAACUCAAUAAAAGGUAUUUUUCUUCCAAAGAGAUGAAGCUUAAACUGACUGAAACACUUGAACAAUGUAUAUGAAUUUGCUAUUUAACUGCUAACCCUAUUUCCACGAACAGUUCUUACUUAUUAAACUUGCAUUAAUAAAGUGA